AGACCAAGAGCUCUCGAGACUGUAGAGGCCACUUCUGGUGCAUCCUCCACCGUCCGUUUGUCCAUUCUCGGCGCUUCUCCUACCCCGGCAACCCAACAGCGGGGUGUUUAUCAAAGAGCCGAACCUCGCUUUGCCAGCGACUCGCUCAUCUUCGCCGCAUCACUCCGCGCUAAAACCCUCUUUACAGCUAUAUAAUAGAAAGGAAAGGGAUCACUCUCCCGGAAGCCCUUUCUUCUGCCAGAGAAGAAAGAAGAAAGCGCCAUGAAAAGAUCCCUUCUCCUCCUCCUCUUUCUCGCCACCACCCCUCUCCCAUUCAUAGCUCAAGCUUCUCCUACAGCAGGAGCUAUCGUGAAGCACUUGUCUUCCGUUCUUAGAUGGACGAGGGCUUCUCCCAAAACCCCCCAAAACGCUGAUGGGGAUAUUCUGGCCUUCGAGAGCGGGUACUUCGUGGAGACUGUGGUGGACGGGGACAAGCUUGGGGUGGUGCCGCACACCAUUCGGGUCUCGCCGGAAGGGGAGCUCUUCGCUGUGGACUCCAUCAAUAAUAAGAUCGUCCGGAUCACCCCGCCGCUGUCCCAAUAUAGCGGGGCAAGACUGGUUGCUGGGUCAUUUCAGGGAUACUCAGGGCAUGUAGAUGGGAAACCGAGCGAUGCUCGUUUUAAUCAUCCAAAAGGUGUCACUAUGGAUGGCAAGGGAAAUGUGUAUGUUGCUGAUACCUCUAAUUUGGCUGUUCGAAAGAUAGGGGAAGGAGGAGUGACAACUAUUGCUGGAGGGAAAUCAAAUGUGGCAGGAUAUAGAGAUGGACCUAGCGAGGAUGCUAAGUUCUCUACUGAUUUUGAUGUGGUUUAUGUUGGAAAGACCUGUUCUCUAUUGGUUGUCGACAGAGGCAACGCUGCUCUUCGCCAAAUUUCUCUUCAGCAGGAAGACUGUGAUUACCAGUAUAGCUCCAUUUCACCUUCAGAUAUCGCCAUGGUCAUUGGUGCAGUGUUGGCAGGAUAUGUUUCAUGCUUGCUGCAGCAUGGAUUUGGUCCUAUCUUCCAGAAGAAGCAAGCCUCAAAUCAGUGCGAACAGCAAGAUAGCAGCAUUGCAGAGAAGCCUGCUCUGAUUGUAGAAAGCUUAAAAGAGGAUCCUGUUGCUGGAUGGCCAUCCUUUGGAAGGCUUAUUUCUGACCUAUUUAAAUUUGGUAUUGAAGGAAUCGGUAAUUUGCUUCUCAACCUCAUUCCGCUCAGUUUCAGACAUGGCAGAGCCAAGGUAGGCCGCACUCGCCUCAAAGAGAGUCUUGUAAUGCCUGAGGACAAAGCAGAGCCACCCCUGGUGCAGAAGCAAAAGAACCCUUCACCUAUGUCGGAGACACUGCAUGCCCCGAACGUUAUUGGCGAUUCACCACCGAAGCCCCAGAAGAGCAGCAAACCACCAAAAUUCAAGGAUCCCUCUGGCAAGCAUAGGUCCUCAAAGAGGCAAGACUUCGCAGAAUUCUAUGGUUCAGGAGAGUCUCCUCAACUUAGCUCAAAAAGCCAAAAAGAUCGGGUCCGGCACCGUCACCGUGAUAAGACUGGGGAGGUUUUCGGAGCUGUGGGGCCAGAGCCAAAAUCAGUUGAGAUGAAGCCGGUGGACUACGGCGAGCCCAAGUUUGAUCAUUACAACAUCAGGGGCAAGUAUGGUUCAGACAACGCCUACCGCUACUGAAUGAUGUAAUUAUAAGCAUGUCACUGGUAUCCUGCAAUUACUUGUCUUGCUUACUGUUCUCUUGGUUAAUAUACAGUGGGUAUAUCCAGUGCAGUUCAGAGAUGUCAUGGCCAUGGAGUACUCAGAUUAAUGCUCAUGACUAUAUGCUUUUAUCUUUUUCGAUGUUUUCUUUUUCUCCUCCUUCCAUAAGGAUACUGUUGGUUGAACUGGUAGUUUGAAGAGGUUCUAUGAAAUGAUGUGUAGCACUUGUAUUUUGUAGUUUUUGGAUUCCCAUAUUUUCUGGGAACUCUCUGAUAGACCAAUCCAUUUGCUCAUGAAUCUGUU